GUACUCCACGCUCCGCCCCGAGCCGGCGGCUGGGCACGACCGACAGCAGCAGCAGCCACUGAGAGCCCGAAAGCGGCGCGGGGGCGGCUCCAUCCGCAGAACCGGCCGGAAGCCGCUCGGGGCACCUGCGGGCAGGGCGAGAUGGCGCAGAGGUUGGCGCUCCGCCGGCUGCUGGCCGUGCCCACCAGGGCCUUGGGGACCUCCGCGGGUCGCCCCAGCGCCUUCAACGUGCAGGACGGCGGCGACUUCCAGGAGCGGGUGGUCAACAGCGCCAAGCCCGUCGUGGUGGACUUCCACGCGCAGUGGUGCGGUCCCUGCAAGAUCCUAGGCCCCCGGUUAGAGAAGAUGGUGGCCAAGCAGGAGGGGAAGGUGGUGAUGGCCAAAGUGGACAUUGACGAUCACACAGACCUUGCCAUCGAGUACGAGGUGUCAGCAGUGCCAACCGUGCUGGCCAUGAAGAACGGAGACGUUGUGGAUAAGUUUGUGGGGAUAAAGGACGAGGAUCAGCUGGAAGCAUUCAUCAAGAAACUCAUCGGAGCCUGAAGUCAAAGGGUGGCCGUACCUCUGCCUCCGGCUGUGUCCGUGCUGCGCGUUCCUUGCCUGGCAGAGCUGAGGGGCACGUGGGCUGCCUGCCUCGUACAGCCUGGGGUUUUCUUUUGUUUGGGGGUUUUUAGGAGAUGGACAAUGUUGUAACCCUUCCUUCCUGCUCCCCCCUUCUCUGGAGCAGCAGUAGUUAUAAAAAGUGUGGAGGAGCAGGGCUGCUUUUUCUCAAAACGGGGAAUGUGGCUGGGAUGAGGAGCCUGCAUUUAUCAGCAAAGAGACGACUGUAGACGACUAUCUGCCCUGGGUGGGUUUGUUAAAGUUGGGAAUGCCUCUGCCUUGUCUGUGAAACCCGUGUUUUUGUCCCGCUGUCCUCACGUCCCUGGGACGGGUACAAAUGCUCUGCAAAUCCUCAGGCUCCUCUCAGAAUUUUAUAAGAGAAAAUCGAAGUAUUUUAUGGUUCUCCUUUUUUUUUUUUUUUUGUAGGUCUGUAACAAAGAGAACUUUAUUGUCACUUCUGUUUAGCUGGAGAAUAAAAGUUGAUUCUCUGAAA